AGUUAGAACCAAAGACCCUGAAACCAGAGAUAGUUCUUCUGAAAUACCAUCACAUGACCUCUGUGUUGGCCAUGAGGCAGGGCGACUGGAUGGUCUUCUUCUUUGGAACUGCUGAUGGAUUUCUUAUUAAGUUUGCUGUGGACUUGAAUUAUAAGCCCACCUGUCCAAAGGUGGUCUACAGAGCAACCGGAGAGCACAGAGUCUUUCUCAAAAUCAUUUUGGAUCAAGCGGAUCAGAAACAUGUGUAUUUGCAGUUUAAAAACAAGAUUAGUCGUGUUCCGGUCUCUAACUGCAGCAUUCACAGAGAUGUGAAUGAAUGUCUGUCUGCACAGGAUCCCCACUGUGUGUGGUGCGUCUCUGAAGGCAGCUGCACAUUUGAAAAUCACUGCAGAGAUUCAGAGUGGUUGUCCAUACCUAAUGACACUCAGAAGAAAAUCGUUUCCCACCAGCUUGUGAGGGACUCCAGUGGAAAUAUCAAACUAGUGAUUCAGACACACCUGGAAAAGCACCUGAAAGUUCCUUCUAACUUCACCUGUGAAUUCUCCACUAAUUCCAGUCAGCUUUGUGGCCAAAAUGGCCUUUCAGCACAGUUCCCUCAAUGCACCUGCAUCCUUCCAACUCUUCCUAAUAAUGAUCUUGAUGUCACCAUAAAGAUCAGCCUUGGGAACUCUAAGCUGACAGAGCAAAGAAAGAUAACCAAUUGUUCAAGUAUUAAUGGACAACCACAUUUUUUUUCGUGCCGUCAGUGUAUGAAAGCUGGAUGUCAGUGGAGAGAUAACAGCUGUUCCUGGUCCAGUAAACUUGCUCAGGAUGAACAUGUUUGCAUGAAGAUGGAGGCUGUGAUGAACAUUUCUGUACCAGACAUCACCUCCAUUACACCUCAUGUUGUGUCUCUGUAUGGGAAAAACCAUGCUGUACUGUCAGGGCAUCACCUCAGCAAUGUGAUUGGAGUGAGAAUCCAGACAGACUUUAACUGUCAUUCACAGGAAUCUCCUGUGUGGAACAACACUGAUGUCUCGUUGACCUUCCACCUUCCACCCACCGAAACCAGAAAUGUGGUUGAGGUGUGUGUUGUUCUUCCAGACGGUAGCUGCCAUGGAAGUGCUGCAGUCACUUAUCAGUCUUCACCAGUCUGCACUGACAUCUUACCACAGAGCAGCUGGAGAAGUGGGAAGAGGAAAGUCCGGCUCAUUGGGACCAGCCUGGAUUUUGUGGAGGGAUUGAUUCAGAGCCACGUCCAACAGCAGGUGUUUCUGCCCAGGAACAGCAGCUUCCAGGUAGCUCCACAGACAAAUUAA